AUGGCGGCCGAAGAAGCAGUGUUUGACAGUUGGGAGGACUUUGAAGAUAGUGGGGCCUUGGACAAACAUCUUGAUACCUUUAAAGUUUUGAAAAGGGAAACAAACAGUAGGAUACAAGUCAAAGAAGAGAGCGGAAGAACAGCUUUCCAGCCACAGAUAAAAAUUUUGAAGCGUGAACCAGGUGGUGGAGAUGCAAGUAGAGGGAGUGGACAGCAGGCUCCUAAGCCAAUGAAAAGUCUGGAGCAGAGAGAGGCUGAGUAUGCGGAAGCAAGGCAGAGGAUAUUAGGUGCGGCGUACAAUAAGAAUGACUACGCACCAGUAGAGGGAGCCACUGCCACACCAGCACAAACAGAAAGACCAAGCCAUUUGAUACCAAACAUGGAAGAGUUGAAGAUCUCUGAUAAUGCAGUGGUACGCCAACCCAAAGGCCCUGAUGGAACUAAAGGUUUUCAUGUGAAGAGGUAGCUAAGGGAAGAUAACUCUGGAUAAACUCCUGUGCAGAUUGUUGUUUCAUUUUUAUCCCACCCCUUUAAUACAUAUAACUGUCAUCAUGUACAAGCGUUUGCCGUUGGUUCCCAGCUGGACAAUUUAACAUGCAACAUGUUUUCAUCAGCAGUUACCAUGAGAUUCCUGUCCAUUUCAAGAAUUGUUUUAUCUUUAAGGAUCACAUUUUUUUCGGAGAAAUACUGAUUCUGGAAGAACUGUUUGUGGAGACUUUUUGCAGAAUUCGUGCUGACAUGUUUUGCUCGUUUUUGCAAGACAUGUUUUUAUUAAUCAGUUAAGAUAAAUGGUCAUGACAUUGUCAAAUCAGUGUGCUUCUCAAUCAUAAAGUACCUUGAUUUAAUAUAAAAAAUU